GACAACCUCUUUCACAAGGGUAACAGAGAAGUUAUAUGGAUAGCAAAGGUUUCCAUACCUAUUACUAUCCAGAUCUGGUGGCCAGUGAUUUUGCGGAAUAUGAUAUUGACUCCGACAAAUCAUUCACAUUAUGCAAGAGUGGAUCGUGUGAUGAGAUCUCACGAAUUGCUCUAAGAACUCAGCUUUUGCUUCAGCUCCAAGAUGACUACUGGCUUUACUGUGAGGCACGCUUGAAAUUGCAGCCACGCGCAUUGUUCUGGCCUGGCAUCGAAUCCUUCCCACCGCUAUCCCUGGAAUGCAUAUACAGGACGAGAGUUAUAGACCUAUGUCCUUGCCUCUCGUUGACCUUUUUCGAUCGAACCCGGUUAGAACGGUGGUUACAUACAGGACUUACAGACACCCUCUCCAAGCGCACCCAAGAGUCCUUCAAGCUGCUGACCGCGGUCGGACAGGUAUCUCUUGUACACAAAUGUUCGAUACCAAACACCCCGGAAGUAUCGAUUGACAUUUUGAUCACAGUCACUUUCAACGAGAGUAUGCGCCUGGAAGCACAAACAGGAUAUUAUGUUCGUAUGAACAGCUACAAACCUACGAAUUGGCGGGUGACGCCUCGCGACUGGCAGAGCCAUCCUACUGAGCACAUAUUCCUCUGACCGCAUGUUGAUCUCCUCCCGCUCAUACGUAGCUCAUCUUUCUGGCCACGAGUUGCAUGUAAGUCGUGCGAGACUAGUGCGUGGGUGGCUAGCUGUGAGGAGGAAGCUUUGUAUGUUGUUGUCCAGGGAUUACGAAAUAUGGGCAAGCCUCUUUGAUAUGAAGAUCUAGACCCAGUAUGGCAUAGGGUCGCUCGUGAGAAGCCCCAUAACAUUACUGGUGCCAUGAUUAUGUACAAUGCCAAGGCAUUUGGUACUAGGCCGGAGCUUUGGGGGGCUUUUUAUUCUGCGUGGAACAGGCGUCGAUCGUUGGAGCCAUAGGUAUCCCGCCAUACUGAACACAUCAAUGGGUCCCAUUGCCGAGAAUGUCACUUCAGUUGCAAUAUCCUACUGCCUUUUGCUAUUGUC